GUGAUUUGAGAUGCGUGAACAACACAGGAGAGACGUUUGACCAUUUUAAUUUCCUUUUUCCGUUUUAGUUCAUGCUUCUCUGUUCCUCUCCUGCUUUCUUCUAUUUUCGUUCGUACGGUUAAUUUUCCAUCCCCUUACAAAACCAACCAGCGGCCAUAGUUAUUAUAAUAAGGCAUCCCGAACCUACAACCUCUCAAUCACGAACAAAAUUUUCAGGAGCUUUAGCGGCCAUUUGCCAGCUUCAUCAUUCAAGAGCCCUGACGGGCCGAACAGCACAAUGACAUCCAUUGCCGCCGAGUCUGUCUCGACCAUCUUGGCGUCGUGCAAGCAGACUCGUUUCCACAUCGAGAGCCCCAACUACCGCGAGCUUGACGUUGAAGGUCUCAACAUCACCGUCACCUCCCACGCUGCUGGCGAGAAGGCGGCGAAAGGCAAGGGCAAAGGGAAAGCCGCUGCCGAGGGCACAGAAAUCCUGAGCAACGCAAAGCUCCGCUUGAAGGCUGGAAGCCGGUAUGCAUUGGUUGGAAGGAAUGGCUCGGGCAAGUCGACGCUGCUGCGUGCUAUCGCCGAGAAACUGAUUCCUGGUAUUCCGGAAGCGACCCGCGUAUCUCUCCUGCAGCAGACUGGUAUCGGCCCUGCAAACGCAGGGGAGCCGGUGCAGUCAAGGAGCUCAGGAGGCACGGAGGGCCCGACAGUACUCGAAGAUGUGGUUGACAAGGCCACGGCAAAGAGUGACCUGGAGCGGGAGAUCAGUACACUCUCCGCCGGAGUGAACAGCACAGAUCCAUAUGGCGCGCUUCGGGCGCUGCGGAGACUCCGUCAUGAGCGCAUGGAAAAGCGUCUCUUUGUCCUCGACAAAGACGCGAGGCUGAGGAGCGGCGCAAGGGGGCUGCAGGCACGCAAAGCGCUGGUUGAGUACGAGAAAGCGGUAGCCCAGUCCGCUGCGUUAAACGAGCAAUCCGCAGACGACAUCUCCCCUGAGACGCUCCAAGCCGAGACGCAAGAGGCAGCUGAGAUGCUGGCGGAUCUCCAGCUCCAAGUCGAGCCAUCACGGAUGGCCGACAUUGAGUCGCGCGCCAAGAAGAUCCUGGCCGGUCUCGGCUUUACCGACGCUUACAUGGCCAAGCCCGCCGGCAGUCUCUCCGGAGGCUGGCGCAUGCGCAGCGCCCUCGUGACAGCCCUGCUCCAAGAGACAGACAUCCUCAUUCUCGACGAGCCGACCAACUUCCUCGACCUCCUAGGCAUCAUAUGGCUGCAACGCCACCUCCAGAACCUCGAAGACCUACCCGCUCCCCCAACCCUGAUCCUCGUCUCGCACGACCGCAGCUUCGUCAGCUCCGUGUGCACCGACUUGCUCAUCCUCAAAGACAAGGACUUGACCUACUUCCACGGCGACCUCGCGACAUGGGAAUCCGCCCAAGCCGAGAAGAAGCUCCACCUCACCAAGAUGAAAGAAGCCCAGGACAAGCAAAAAGCGCACAUGCAGGAGUCCAUCCAGCAGAACCUCGCCCAGGGCCGCAAAAACGACGACCAGAACAAGAUCCGCCAAGCCAAGUCCCGCCAGAAACGCCUCGAGGACCGCAUGGGCAUGCAAGUCAACAGCAAGGGCGGGCGCUUCAAGCUCAGCCGCGACCUGGCCGGCUUUCACUUCUCGUCGCGCGCCGAGAUCGCCAUCCCGCAAGACGACCGCGGCGUCUCCAUCACCCUGCCCGACCCGCCCGACCUGCGCUUUCCAGGAGCUCUGAUAUCGCUCGAGAACGUCACCUUCCGCUAUCCACCACCCGUCAAGGGCACCACCACCGCAAAGCCCGCCCCGACACUGCAAGACAUAAACCUGACCGUCAGCCCCGGUGACCGCAUCGGCAUCCUGGGCCUUAACGGCGCAGGCAAGUCGACGCUAAUCCGCCUCCUCGUCAACGACCCACCCCCCUUGGGUUCCCAGCAAACCGGCACGGUAACAACCCACCCGCGCCUCAAGCUCUCCUACUACUCGCAGCACGCCGUCGACGCACUCCAAUCCCUAGGCCACGCCAACCCGUCCCUCACGGCCUUAUCCCUUCUCACCAGCGAGGUCGACAGCGCGCUCGACGAGGGCGAGCUGCGCGGUUUGCUCGGCUCUCUGGGGCUGCCAGGCCGCACAGCAUCCGACGUGCCGUUGAGGAAGCUCUCGGGCGGGCAGCUCGUACGGUGCGAGCUCGCGAGGUUGCUGUGGCGGCGGCCGGGGCUGUUGGUGCUGGACGAGGUGACGACCCAUUUGGAUUACGAGACCGUGUCUGCGCUGCGGGAGGCGCUGAGGGGCUGGGGAGGCGCGGUGGUGCUUGUUUCGCAUGACAGGUGGUUUGUCAGGGGUGUUGUGGAGGGGGUCGUGGAUGACGCCGAGGAGAGUGAUGCUGAGGGGAAGGAGCACGAGAAGGAGGAAGGGGUAAGAAGGCGAAUAGUGUAUAAACUGGCGGACGGGAAGUUGACCGUCUUGGAAAGAGGCGUGCAGCAGUUCGAGGAGGGGAUGGAGCGGAGGGUGAGGAAGCUGAUGGGUGAGUAGUUGUAGGUAGUGAACAAUCGAAGCUGACCGUGGUACCCUG